UGUGACGCCUCUCAGCCUGAUGACAUCACCCAGUCAGUCACACACAGUCGGACCGCCGCGCGCUCAGACUCAGAGGAACUAGUUGUUGGAGCAGAGAGAGCGCAGCAGCACCUCAUUACACACAGAGCACCAGCUGGAGGAAAUAUUCACCUGUGCGCUGCCAGGACGAAUUCACGAGGAUUUUCAUUCAUUUCAGCAGACUCCGUCUGAAAGGCGCAGUGAGGGACACUUGAAACAAGAACCUCUGUCGGACCCCUGCUUUGUCCUGUAGCCAAACAAGUUUUUUCUUGCCUUGUAUGAGGGAGGUUUUACGCAGAAACUGACCCGCGUCUGAAGGUGUUGUUUCGGUUUAUUUCGGUGAGACUACGUGCCUGGUUCCAUAAAGAGGACCGUAAUCAACCAUGGCGAGACAUCACGCCCGAAAUUGGCAUGACUGCACUAAAAUGAUCGGACUGCUCUGCUUGGUCGCGUCGAUACUUACAGAACACGGAGCGGCAGGUCAGCGAGUGGAGGUGGAGCCAGAGGUGUCAUCAUAUCCUGGACAGACAGUCAACCUACGCUGUGCCUUCAUUGAAGCUACUGGGAUUCAGCCCACAAUGGUCACGUGGAUCUAUGAGCCGAAGGACGGAGAGAGGAUCAAUAUCGCUGUGUUUCACCCCAACUUUGAUCCCAACUAUCCAGACUCACCCGUGAAGGGCAGAGUCAGCUUCACACCCAGUCCUCCAAACCUGGCCAGUCCCUCCAUCCAGAUUAGCGAUGUUAGGAUGACCGAUGAGGGGAAGUACAUCUGUGAAUACGCUACUUACCCGAUUGGCAACGAGCAGGGAAUCACCUAUCUGGUCAUGCUGGCUAAGCCUCAGAACUCAGCCUCCAUCGUAACAGUGGAAACAGGCACUAAGCCUGUCACUGUGGCACGCUGCGAGUCUGUAGAUGGACGUCCCGCUGCGCAGAUCUCCUGGGUGACCACAGCCAAUGGAAAUGCGUCAACAGUGUCUAAGCCGGGUACCGACAACACCGUGACAGUGACCAGCGAGUACCGAAUGGUUCCCACAGCAGCAGACAAUGGGAAAGACAUCAGCUGUGUGGUGUCACACAGGACCCAGGUCAAACCAGAGAGCUUCCCUUUGAAACUAGCAGUUCAAUACGCCCCUCAGGUGACAAUAGUGGGUUAUGACAAUAAUUGGUACGUGGGUCGUACAGAUGUGGUGCUCACCUGCCAAUUUACUGGAAACCCUGUUCCCACUUCCAUCCUUUGGAAGACGAUGUCAGGAGAGAUGCCAGACACAGUGCAGGUCAAAGACAACAAGCUGAAGGUGCUGAAGGUGGAUGAGGCUGUCAACACCACUUUUGUCUGUGAGGUCAGAAAUCGCAAAGGGGUCGGCAGAGAUCAGGUCACAGCCAUCGUCAGAGAGGUGAAAUCUGGCUCCUCCUUGUUUCCUAUACAAGCUGCAGUUCAGAUAGUGGAAGUGGAGCCAGACGUGGUUUCAUAUCCUGGACAGACAGUCAACCUACGCUGCGCCUUCACUAAUGCAACUGGGAUUCGGCCCACACAGGUCACGUGGAUCUACGAGUCAGAGGACGGAGAGAGAAUCAACAUCGCUGUGUUUCACCCCAGCUUUGACCCCUACUACCCCACCUCACCUGUGAAGGGUAGGAUCAGCUUCUCACCUGUUCCUACAAACCUGGCCAGCCCUUCCAUCCAGAUUCGUGAUCUUAGGAUGACUGAUGAGGGGAAGUACAUCUGCAAAUAUGCUACUUAUCCAAGUGGCAACGAGCAGGGAAUCACCUAUCUGGACAUAGUGGAUGGGACAGGUCAGCCAGUGGUGCUGGGGUCAGGGGAGGUACCAUAUCCUGGGCAGACAGUCAACUUAUACUGUUCCUUCACUGAAAACACUGGGAUUCAGCUCACACAGGUCACAUGGAUCUACAAGUCGAAUGCCGGAGAAAGGAUCAAAAUCGCUGUUUUUCACCCCAGCUUUGGGCAUCACUACCCAGACUCAUUUUUGAAGGAUAGGGUCAGCUUCUCACCCAGUCCCCCAAACAUGACCAGCCCUUCCAUCCAGAUCAGUGAUAUUAGGGUGACAGAUGAGGGGAAGUACAUCUGCGAAUUUGCUACCUAUCCAUUUGGCAACAAGCAGGGCGUCAUCUAUGUGGAGACCAGGGGGUAGAUGAAGAAUCAAGAUGAUGCAGCUCUGAAUAUAUCAUCUGUCCAUCCCAGACACAUCUCUGCUGCAGGCAUACUGUGGUUUAUUGUUGAUUUUAUAGUUGACUAAAUUGUUCUGAAAUGAUUAAAUUGUAUUGUUAUGCCUAAGUGUAUCUUUAUUAAUACAUUUCUUUUUUAUACAUUAUUUUUUGAUGGCUCAUCAAUAAAUGCCACGAAUUUGGUUGUUUGUAA